AACAGAGAACUUGCAAGAUUCCCACUCAUGUCAAGCUUCCUUCUUUUCUCUACGCCAUUUUUUUCCUGAACAUGGCUGAUAACCCUGGGUCUGCCCAAUUCGACGGAACAAGUGCUUUUGCUUCGGCUGUGGCUCGUGCAAGACAGAUAGCAGCCAAGAUCACACCAGGAGCAGGGGACGCACAAGUGCAAGGUAUCAAGAGACCUUUGGAUGAUGGCGCCUCCUUUGGUGAGCCAGAAUCGAAGAAAGUAGCUGGUGAUUCAUCAAUAGGUGCACAGUUAAGAGCUAUUGCUGAUAAUCAAGGAUUUGGUCAAGGCACAGCAGACGCUGCUCGAGCAGCUCAAGAAGCAGCAGCAAGAAUCAAUAGACAAUUGGGUAUUCAACCCGAUCCAAGCAUGCAGCCUCAAAAGCCAGGACCACAUGCUGGGCUAGGAAUGGUGACUACAGAGGAGCAUAGGGUGCCUGAUAAGAUGGUUGGAUUAAUUAUUGGAAAAGGUGGAGAACAAAUUACAAGGUUACAAGCUGAAACUGGCUGUAAGGUCCAGAUAGCUGCUGACAGUGGUGGAAUGCCUGAUCGACCUUGUACACUAACAGGCUCGCCUACCUCCAUUAUGAUGUGUAAGCAAGCUAUGCAGCAAAUUAUUGAAAGAGGCCAGGGUGGAGGACCACAUAUGGGAGGAAUGGAUGGCAUGGGAGAGGGUGGAACUGUAGUUGAAAUGAAUAUUCCUGGUUCUAAAGUUGGACUUAUAAUUGGAAAAGGUGGCGAGACAAUUCGCCAACUGCAGGAAAGAGCAGGUGUUAAAAUGGUGAUGAUCCAAGAUAGUAAUGCUCCAUCUGCCCAUGAUAAGCCAUUACGCAUUAGUGGUGAUCCAUCUAAGUGCCAGAGAGCCAAGGAAAUGGUUCUUGAUCUACUAGCUGAAAAAGAUGGAGUUCCAAGACCAGGUGGUGGUGGUGGUGGAUUUAAUGAGUUUGGCUCACCAAUGGGACACAUGGGUCAUGGCGGUGGUGGUGGUGGCCCCAAUGGAAUGGACAUAGGUGUUCCCAGGCAAGGAGUGGGUUUGGUCAUUGGCAAAGGUGGUGACAUGAUCAAGAAAAUUCAAACGGAAACUGGUGCUAAAGUUCAGUUCAAGCCAGAUGAUGGCCAAAGUCAAGAUAGAAUCUGUUCAGUCACAGGUCCUCCUGACAAAGUACAACAGGCUGUAAGAAUGAUUCAGGACCUACUGGCCAAGGCAAAUAUAAUGGGGGGUCAACCCAUUCACAACUAUGGAGGUCCAAUGGGUCCUGGACCUGGCAAUGAUAUGGGAAGAGGUGGACCAGGAAAUGGUCCUUUCUCUCCACCAGGUCCUCGUGGUGGCAUGGGUGGAAGGUUUGAUCCUAACUUUCAGGAUCACACAACUUUCACUGUACCUGCAGAUAAAUGUGGACUAGUUAUUGGAAAAGGUGGUGAAACCAUUAGAGAAAUCAACCGCCAGUCAGGAGCCCAUGUUGAGUUGGAUCGUAAUCCACCACCUAAUAUGAGUGAAAAAGUGUUUAAUAUUCGAGGCAAUCCUAAUCAGAUACAACAUGCUAUUCAACUCAUCCAAGAAAAAACCGGUCAGCAAGGGCCUAAUGAUCAGGGACAUGGCCCAGGUGGUGGUCCUGGUGGUAUGAUGGGUGGACCUGGGGGUCCUAAUGGUCCACCAGGAGGACCUGGGCCCCAGGGUGGACCUGGUGGCCCAGGACCACAAGGCCCAGGAGGUUAUGAUCAGUUUGGGGGACAAUUUGGUCAGCCAAAUCAGCCACCUCAGCAACAGUAUGGUGGUGCCCCACAGGGUUGGAAUGCCUAUGGGAAUCAGUACCCUCAACAACAAAAUAUGCCUAAUAAGCAACCAAAUGAUGCAAAUGCAGCAGCAUGGGCAGCCUAUUACUAUGCUACUUAUGGCCAGGGUCAACCAGGACAGCAACCAACUGCACCUCAACAGCCUGCUACACCACAGCAGCAACCAAUGCAACAGCAGCAGCCUGCUCAGACUUCCUACGCUCAACCCAGUGAGUUGAGAGUCAAUCACACUAUAAACCCCCAAACUGGCCAGCCUGACUACAGUCAAGCAUGGAUUGAAUAUUAUAGGUCUCAAGGCAUGAUUCAUGAGGCUCAAAUGGUUCUGCAGCAGGUGGCAGCUAAUCAAGCUGCUGCUCAAGGUGGUCAGCCAGGACAACAGUGACUAGCAGAUUCUUGGAGUGGAGUUUGAUUUGUUAUUUUGUACCCAAGUAUGUUAAGUUUUUAUUUUUAAAAUUUGUAUUCAGUGCUGGGUUUUUUUUCUGUGGACUUUUUUUUAGAUCUCAUCAGCCUAAAAUAAUUCUUAAAGGAAUUUACAUCUUGGUACAAUUUUAGUUAAUGAGAAUGAAAGGAAUAACUUUUUUUUUCAGUAUUAACUUGAUCGAGAUAGCUUUUGUUGUGUUAGAGUGUAUGAAGAAAUACGCUUCACUUAAGCUUGGGGACUACAGCUGCAGAUGCGCACUUUUUAUAGUCUUGCUUUAAGAUGUAGGGGAUUAUUUAUGUAAUGGGUAGUGAUUUUAUGUUAAUUUGGCUGCCGUGGUAAAACAUCCUUAGAAUACUUUUUGUGGGAAUGUCUAUAUCCUAUUUUAUUAAAAGAAAAAGAUAACCUUAUCCCUUAAUUUGUGCAUUCGUGUUGUAUUUGCUGGUGUUUGCAAUAUUUAUCGUUAUCAUUAAAUAUUAACUUGUUAAUUUCUAAACAGUUACAUAUAUCUGUAUACUACAUAAUUGGUGAUGAUUGAAGUUUCUGUAAUAUUCUUUAGUAAUGCCAUUGUUAAAUCACUCAGAUUUAUCACUUAAUAAGUUACAAUACCUUGCAUUUUUCUAUUUUAAAUAGGAGUGAUAACCCCCUUUUAUAUUUUUAUAUUUCUGUAAUCAAUGACAAUUUGCUAUUUUGAAGAUAAGAAAUAUUAAUCUUGAUGAGUUUUUAAGAAUGAUAAUGAUAAAAUGCCAGUAUCACUGUGACUAAUGUUAUAUCCUAUUGUUCUUACGGGUUAUCUUUUCCUAUUUAUUUUAAUACAGUUAACAUAAUGAAAUGUUUUUUCUCCCCCACUAAGUAUUUUUAUUGAACCAAAAGUAAUGCAUUUGUGUACUUUUUGAUCUAAAACAAUGCUAUUAAAGUAUCAUAGAUUUUAUUUUAGAUUUUGUUGUAACAUUCUUUUGUAGUCACCUGCGCUAAUAGGAAAUACUGAGAUGAUUUAAGAAUGGCUAGUGUAAUUAAAGAUAACAUUUUUUUAUCUAAUCAAGCUUUGCCCAUAUAUAAAAGUGUAAUUUCAUUGUUGUGCACUGUGGUUUAUGGGUACUGUUUCAGACUCAAAACAUUUUAUAUUUGAACAUGAAGAUAUACAUAUUCAAAUCAAUUGCUUUUUGUUUUUAAAAAUAACUUAUGCCCUAGGUACAAUUUGUUUUAAACCCUUGCAUAACAUUUUUUAAAAUUACGAACAAAUACUUUUUUCAUCAUGUGCUUGCAAAUGAGCUAUGUUAGAAAUGUUAUCUUCAAGUCAAUAAUACUUUUAAUAGAUAAUGCAUUAAGUGUAAAUUUAGUCCAUCAGUUGUUUUUAUUUUAACCACAUUGCACUGCUUUGGAAUUGAUUUUUGCUUGAUUUGGCUUAUAUUUUACCAUUUUAAGAAUGUUAUGGAUGAUGCUACCACACCAGCUCUUAAUCAUUGCUAGUUUAAUUAUGGUAUGCACCACAUUCCAAGGUUGCUAAGGUGUGUUGUGCAUGUUAUUUUUUUACUUGGAAUUUUAUUCUUACAACUAUAUAUCUUUUUAACUCUUGUUGUCAAUGGUGUGGUAGUGGUUUUCUAAUGUAAUAAGAAACAGAUUACUCUCUGGUAAUGGCAGUAGAAAUGGAUCAUAUAUAGAAUUGUAUUUCUUGUCUUGUAUACACACUCCCUUAAAUUUAAAUCACCUUGCAUGAUUUUGUCUUAAACUUGUGUUAAUUUGUCAAUUUAUGUCAUGUAUUUCCCCUCACUGACACUAAGAUGGUUGCUGAAUCGGUGUGUGUGUAUGUGUGAAAGUUUUGAUGAAGCUGUAAAUGACAUAAAGAAUUGAAUUAUGUGUAUAUGGUGCAAAGGACUAAUUUUAUGAAAACAUAGUGUUUUAUUCACUUUGAUUUUCCUCCCUUUCAUUUGAAUAUUUUAUAUUUGAUAAUUUAUUUUAAAAAUAGAUUUGAUUAAUAACUGAUAUUACAAAUGGAUUCCCAUUUUAAGAAAAAUGUUUUAAAUUGUGAAACUAAAGUUGUUAGAGAUUAACAAUGACAAAUAUCAGCAAAUGUUUCUAUGUUUGUAUUUUGUACAUAAGGAAACAAGUCUUUCCCUCCAGUUUAUAAAAGAUGAUAAUGUAUGCUGUUCAUAACUUUCCCUCUAAUCUUGUUUCCAUAAAUUUUUUAACAUUGAUUUAGUGAUGGCAAAUUGAAAACGAUACAGUAUUAAUACAUUAUCAUUAUUUCAAAUGCCUUUUUAACGUGUUGACAAUGAUGAUGAUCUGAAUUUUUAUGAUGCUCGUUUUGUUAACUUAUUUUAUAUGGGAACUCAACAUGAAAAAUAACAAUGGAACAUAUCUUGUAUUUUGUAAUUCUGCUAAUAAGGAUGUCUAUAAUUGAUGCAAAUGCUUUAGAAUUUUCUUGAAUGAUGAAACUUUAGAUGCCAAAGUUUAAUUUUUUAAUCAUUGACAUGAUGCUCCAUAAUGCCUAAUUUUUAAGACAAAAUCUUUUUUAUUUAAAUAUGCCAUACAUGUUGCUGCCUCUAUUUCAUGUAAAGAAAUAAUGAAAAAUAGGUUCAUUUAUAAUUAGUACUUUUGCCCCUUAUAAAAUAUUUGAAUAUACUGUCACAAAUGUUGUUUUAAUCAUUGCUUUUUGUUGUACAUUAAUCUAGUUAAAUCCCUUAAUAAAUUUUAAGUCAAUAGUAGUAUUUAAUAUUUAUUUUGUUAUAUGCAGCAAACAAAAGAAUUCUUGUUAAAUUUCUAUUUGUAUGUAUGUAUUCUUUAUGCCCUAAAUUCUAUUUCUCCUUUUUUGCCACUGUAAGAACAUUUUGUUGUUAUAUUUUUUUAGUUAUGUGUUAAAUAUAGAUGUGGAUUUUGCAGUUAUGUGGGGGAAAAUAGGUGGUAUCAAAUGUUAAUGCUUAGGAUGUUGUACAUUAGAGGUAACAAAGUUGUUGACCUAUAUGACUGGUACUAGUCAAGUAUUCUAUCCACCCAUUCCUCAAAAUUAAAAACAGCACAGAUAAGAUAUAUUGCUCAUUCUUUUCAACUAUGCUUAAGUAUUUAAUUAUAAUAACUAUUUUGCAAAUGGAAAUAUACAUCUCAUUAAGUAUGUCUUGUAAAAUUAUCAUGGCUUCUUUGAAAUUUAUGUUUAAAAGAUUUAUAGGAAAAUAUUUCUUUUUUAUUUGUAUUAUAAUUAUGCAUCAGCAUGUUCUUAUGAUAUUGCACGAUUCAUUUGUGCCAUUUUGAAUUGGAGAAAUGAAGACUGACCAUUCCUUGUAGUUUCACACAUAAUGAUGCUAUCUGUAGUUUUUCUCUUAUUUAUUGAAAUGCUUUUUAAUUAUGUUGUAUGAAGUUACCCCUUUAAAAUGUCUCGAGACUAUAUAAAUUUGGAUUUCAUAAAACUGAAUAUUAAGGCAAUUGUUGCUGCUAUAAUUAAUAUUGUUAAUGUAUGAUUUUUUUUUUUAAACAUGCAAGAUGUUAACGAGCUGUGAUCAUGUUGUUAACUUGCGAAUUUGUAGACUUUCCCCCAAUUGCAUAAGUUAGUUACUUGAUACUAUGUCCUAAUUGCACAAGGCCUUAUUCCCUGCAUCCUUUAUUGCUUAAAAAACAUAAUGUUCUUGCUCUUUGACACAAUACAUUUCUAAUUGAGGACCUCAUUGAUGUAGCUAUAGUCUAUCAAAAUAUGGCAUAUACUUUUUAUCAAAUGUUAAAGGAUUUCAUGUCAGCAAUCAUCACUAAAAAUAUUGCUCAGGUUAUCAUGGUACAACUCUUCCUAUUAUAUUACUUGAGUUGAUAGCUUUUAAUAAUUGUUUUUGAAUACUCGCUUAUGUACCUAGUUAAAAUUACAAUAAACUUAAACUCAUUGCCUUAAACAUGAAUGAGGAUAUGUAAUCAGUUAUUUUGAUAAAUUGUUCACACUGUGCUUCCCUGGGUUUUUGAAAUGCUGCACAUAUUGUUUUAUGUUUAAUUUAAAUUCUAUAGCUAAUACUAUAAUAGGUCAGAUAUUUAAACAAAUUACGGUAUUGGUCAGAUAGAGUAGUUAAAACUUAUCAUUGAAGUGCUAUUUAAUUUUAUAUUUGCAAGGUGAAAUUAUGAGAUGUGUACACCAGUAAACAUGUUUAUUUUCUCAUUUUUUUAGGGUGUAAUUUUUCCAAGGAGCAUCGUAUUAAAAGAUCAGUCUUUGUACUCCCUUUUUUAAAAAAUUACUUUUUUUUUUAAUCUGAAGAAUGAAUGGUGAGGCAUGCUAGUGCAUAUGUCAAUCCUUAAACAUCAAGACUUAAUUACUUUAGUCAUAUAACUUAUAGACUUCAUGUUUGAUUCCCUUUUUAUUUAAACUAAGAGUAUCCUUAAAUCCAGUGGAAAAGUGUUGGUUUGUAUCUUAUGAAGAAUGUAUGUGUUUAAAUGUUUGAGUGUUUUGGCAACCAUAAGUCUAGGAGCUGUGACAGCCCGAAUUGUGGGAAAUGAGAAUGUAUUUGUUUUUAGACUCCCUACAUGUGUGAUUAAGCAUCCACUCUUUUAUCAGGAGUUUUCUUAUUGUUGUGUAUAUAGCUGCAUUUACCACUAGCUUAAUUCACAAUUGUCCUGUGCUGUAUACCCUUAUGGUUUAUCAUCUUCAAAUAUCAUAAUCACUACAAUUCUAAUCAUGAAUAAUUCAAAUUUUAAAUAGUUUUCAUAGCUGUAUAGUUAAUCUUAAAAGCUUGUUGCCUCUUGACAUACAUCUCUGUGCAUAAAUUCAAUAAAAAUAUGGGAUAAUCAACAAAGAAUCAUUAUGUCCAUUGUUACGUAAAUCCUGUUUGUAUGCUUUUGAUAUGAUAUAGAAUUUUACAGCAAUUGUAAAUUAGUUUUAGUUUUUCUUUAAAAUAAUAAUUCUUCUCCCUUUUGCUUCAAUCAUAUUGGUAUGUAUUAUUUUCUUGUGUUCAAUAGAAAACUUUUUUUCAACAUUUAACUUUUUGUAUUCUUAACUUGCCUUGGUAAUCACGUGUGUAUUGGUUAUUAUUAAUUCGGUCCAUUUUCAGAUUGGAUUAUUAUUAAUAAGCAUUGUUAUUGAUUCUUUGGUUUUUAAAUGUAUAUUACAAAGUAAAUUUAUAUGUAAAACAA